AUGAUGGAGCCUGAGCACACCGAGAACAUCACGGAGGACAAGCCGCUGUUGUCGGAGGAUUCCGUGGGCAUCACGAUCGAUGAAGACAACAACAGCAGCAGCGGGCGCAUCGUGCUGAAGAUCAAGACGCUCAGCGAGAAGCCGCUGCGCGUGGAGGUCGCGCCGUCCUCGAGCGUCGGGGAGCUCAAGGAGCUCGUGAAGAAGAAGGCCAAUGCCGAGGGCAAGUUCCUGCGGUUGAUCCACCAGGGCAAGAUGCUGUCGGACGACAAGGCCACGCUCGAAAGCUGCAAGGUCAAGAACGAGGACUUCAUCCACUGCGCCAUCAGCUCGGCGCCCCCCAAGGCCGUGGUGAACCAGAUGGCGGCUGCUGGCACUGACAGUGAUCCGGAGGAGAGAGACGACCCGGCCACUAGGAGAGGCUUCGACAGGCUCCGUGAUCGUCUCAGUCGGGAGGAGAUCCAGGCGCUGCGCCUGUACUUCUACCCGCAGCUCUCGGUAUACAUCAGCCAGGCGGCACGCGUCCCUGGCGAGAGCAGCGAGGACCGGAUAUACCGACUGGAGGAGGAGUGGAUGGCGUCGCAGGGACCGCAGUCCGAGUUCGCACUGAAUGUUGUGCCGACGGCCCGUAUUGCGAUGGACACGCAGAUCGACAUGAAUGGCAUGAACAACUCCAUUCUGGCAGCAGAUAAUGAAGGCACUGGCACUGAAUUUCUAUGGGGGUUCCUCAUGGGCCUCCUGCUUGGUGUAUUUAUGCUUCUGAUGCUUCUCGACCGCUCCGUCCCCCGCAAGCAGAAGGUCGGCCUGCUGCUCGGUGUGAGCAUGAACUUCUUCCUGAGUGUUGUGCCGCGCGCUGUCUCCGACCAAUAGACCGCCGCUACCAGCGUGCCGCAUCGGUGCGUGCAUGAGCGAGUGCAAGCACGCACGCGCCUUUGAGCUGCUGGCAUGCCUCGUUAUAUAUUUCGCAUCUCAGUCUUGUAUCGCUGUUGCCCACGGAUCGUAUGGACCUGUUCGCGAGCGCUCUGCGAACCUGAUCUCCUCAUAGCCGCCGACGGAUUAAUCGCCGCCGCUUGUUGAAGCGACAUAGUCGAUCAUUGAAAUUGUGUAC